AUGCCCCAAACUCCCACCAGAAGAGCAUCUACAGGCGGCAAGGCGCCCCGCAAAGCUCUUUUGCAAUACGUCAUUGAGGAAAUGCCCAGCCAUGAUAACACGCCCUGCAUUACCGCCUGGCGACGUGCUGUGAGGCUGCCAGUACCCGAAAAAUAUGCGCGACCGCUCUCAGACUCCGAUUCGGACGAUGAGGAUGGACAAACGCGCCCGAAAAUGUCUUAUCAGAUAUACGACACAACGCUUUUGUCUGCCAACCCGGACCAUCUGAAAACCCGAGCUAAGAAGGUCCACGAAGAGACAUUCAGAGCGCGCUGGAGAAUUGGAUUUGAUUUCCACGAUCGCAUUGACCUCUGGGCCAUGCCGCUUGCCGUGGACGCAUCUACCGAGGAGAGAAUCGAGAAGUGCAGAGCACAUGCCCGUGCUGAAAUUGCGUCACGGGAGCACGCCGAUGAUACUUUGCACAUUUCGCGACUCAUCAACCACGUGGAUUGGCCUCGAAGUGACUGGCGUCGAGUCAUCAUCAUCAUUGACCGGCCACCAGAGCUCUGGAACGAGAAUGAGGGAGGCUUCCUGGUGGUCUUCUGGGAUCUGUCAAUCGAGCAUCCUGCAACAACUUCAGGGGAAGUUGAGGGGCCCCAAAGCGGCCAAGAUGAAGGCCAGCAGGCACCGGAUAUGGAAGUUGUGCGUUGCACUUAUGAUGGCGUGGGAAAGGUGAUGGGGGAAAUUAGAGAGGCUUUCCAGGACUUUGAGGACUGA